GUUCAUAUAAAAACACGUUUUUGAUUACGUGUGGACUUAAUUUUAAUCGAAUAAACCGCGAUUAGUAAUCAGUAAAAUAUUGCAUGAGUGAAAUAUUCAGGCGGACGCGUGGCUUAACGUAGUACCUUUUUAGUAUUUAUUUUCUUUGUCUUCAAAGAACAAUGUAAAUAAAUCAGUGCACUGACUUUCACAGACUUUUCGAUAGCCGAGUCGAGGCUUUCUCAUUGAACACGGCACUCGCUGCCUAUCAUUUUUGUCGCUUUCCUAGACGUGUCAGUGCGUCCGCAAGCCGCUCUGCGUGAUGUCAUUUUCGUUUGGUUUAUUUUCAGUAUAAACAGAUAUUCAUCGCAUGAGCUAAGACCCUGGAACACCAGAAAUGAGUGAGCGGAAGUAUACAGUGGGCAGCCAACCCAGCAGUGAACACGCGCUGAGAGAAAAUGCUCAAGAAGCUAGACGCCUUCCAUAAGUUUUGCAAUAGCAGCCAGUAAGGUGCACGAUGAGUCGUCGGCGUAGCUCAGCCGCUUUGUAUCCUGACAGGUUCAAGUUCGAAGAACUGCUUUAUAUGAACCGUGCUUGGCAUUGGCAAAACAACGUUCGCAUCGAAAUGGGCACACGCAGGGGGUUCUCAUGACUAUAUAUUUCACUCCGUUUCUACCUGCGCGACAGCCUUGCCAUUCCGCAAAGCGAUAAGGCUAUGGAAAGCUCUAGCUUCCUGUUAAGUCACGAAACAAAUAGACGCGCGAUCGCAAAGGCGUCGCCCACUGUUUUGUAAACACGGUGGCAUCACGGAGCUACAUUUCCAGCGAUCACUCGUCCUUGCUGGAGAGGAGAAUCAUGAAAGCGCUCUGGUCGUUGCACGCGUUAGCGUGCGCGAGCGCGCUCGCGUCCAGGCGGAACUGUUUCUGGAGCGCGCAGGGACGGUUGUUUACCGAGCCACGACCGCUGCGUAAGCACCAGCGUGGACCGCUGAAAACCGGCGCGUUCCGAGAAGGGGUCUCUCGGCGAGGCCGGGGCAGCGCAGGCGACAACGCGCUUCCACGUCGGCGGCGCACGUCAACGCACCUUGCGGCAUCCGACGCGCGUCCACCGCUCCCAGGCAGCGCUUCCUGAAGCGCCUUCUUCGGAGGGGCCCUCGCAAGCUGGCCGCGAGGGCUCGAAGAACUGUUCGGCGAGCGUCGAGCAACAUCCGUGGGAACACAAUGCACGAACCGCUGCCUCUCCAACCACAGUCCGAUAAGAGAACGCGCUUCCUCGCGCCGCGCACGUCAGCGAAGGCGUUCAAGCUGCUCAAGCAGGCCGGGAAGAGUAGCGGCGGCGGCGACGAGGACGUGAGCCGCGACGUCAUCGGCGCAGUGCUCGCACCCGGAAGCCACCGUCGCGGGAAAGUUUGAAAAAGGGGUGCGCGCGAUAAGCGGCCGCAAGAAAGCGUCGCCGUUCGUUCCAAGCGCCGGUGUCACAUCGCCUGCGGAACCGUGUGCGGAGUGUGUAGCGAGCCUCGUGCAUCUACGUGGCCGCGCCGCGUGUGUUUUUUCCCCGCGCCGACCCCGACCUCCGCCCGAGGAGAGGAGUCGCAGAGAAAAGAGAAGUGCGCCGAACCCGAGCAGCGCGCGGGUAAUUUUCGACAGGAAGGGAGAGGGACCGACACACGAGAGGAGAGCGCACGGGCGGCCGCUGUCCGGAGUCCCACCGAAACGUCAGUCGCACAGAGGCAGCGGUCAGGCUCGUACCUGUGCGCCCCCCGGGUCGUCGUGCCAGCGAGUCGGCCUCUGCAGCCUCCUCUGGACGAGCACGCCGCCGGGACCACGAUGCGCGGAGGCGCCGGAGCAACCAUCAUCCUCCUGCUGCUGCGGCUCGCCCAAGGAUCGCCAACCGAGCGGAGCAAGUACUUGCCCAUCGUGUUUCCCGAGGACAAGCCGCCGUGUCCUGCUGGCCUCGUGUGCCGGGACAUCACGCUAUGCUCGUCGGCCAUCAACCAGGUGCGCAGCGGUGGCAGGCCCACCAUCUGCGGCUGGAACCGACAUGUGGCCAAGGUGUGCUGCCCGCAGGACUCCCGGGUCGGCACGGGUCGCCCUUACACGCCAGAGUUCAUUGCUUUCCGAAGGCCUUCGGAAUGCGGAAUUCUGGUCGUCCCCCAAGUCAACGCUUCGGCCACGACGAAGAUACCGAAAACGUCCACGCUGAAAUCGUCCACCAGUAGUAGCACCUCGCGGUCUACAAGUUCGAGUUCGACACGGUUUCCUUCAACUGUGAAGAAAAGCUACGUUUACUCGACGGCGACCUCUUAUUCAAAGGCGGACGCGAAUGCGAGCCGACGAGCAUCGGUGGCCCCACCGCUCCGGGGCCACACACAGCCCACGCUGAGGCCCAGCGCAAACUUCGGUUACAACCUGAACCAGCGGAGCACGUCCGCCUACCUGACCACCACGCCCCCGUACUCGGCGCGGGCAUCACCGCCGCAGCGGCAGGCCCCUGCGGCGGCAGUGGGGGUGGCGGUGGCUCCGGCGUUGGCUCCGGCGCGGAACCCGGCACGGAACCCGGCGCCUGCACCGGCGCCUGCACCGGCGCCCGCACCGGCGCCCGCGCCAGCACCUGCACCGUCCGGUGGAGGCCACGUGCACUACAAUGUCUACCAGAGCAACCACGUGGUGAGCAGCCACAACCAGUACGAGUACACGGAGUUCCGAGGCUCCUCUGGCGACCGGAACCAGAUCUCCGGUGGCGGCAACCACCACCAGUAUUGGGAGCCGCCGCCGCAGAACCAUCGGGGCUCCAACGACUGGUACAGCUACAACACGUUCGCCAAAAGGCAGGCCCGUGCCAUCCGUGACUGGGGCAAAGGUUCGCGCGACCACGGCAACGACGUCCUCCUACAGAAGGGCUUCUCCAGAGCGGACAAGAAGCGACGCUACGACUGGGCGCCCAAGAAGAAGGUGGGUGGUGGCAGAGCCAAGCCGCCGGGCACCACGCACCGUCCGCGGCGCACCAAGCGGACGGGAAAGGUGGACGCCCGCGUGCCAGACCCGGACCUCAUCAAGGCCAUCGCACCGGCGGUCAGCCUCGUGGUGGGAGGCCAGGCCGACUACAACACCUGGCCCUGGAUGGCCGCCAUACUAAUGGGCAGCGAGCUGAAGUUUCUCUGUGGUGGAUUUCUGAUCAACGAUCGAUACGUUUUAUCUGCUGCGCACUGCUUCGAAAGGCACAGGCCCUCGCAGAAGUACGGCGUUCGCCUGGGACAGAUUCGCGUGGACGAGGGCCGCGUGUACAACGUGGAGAGGUUCGUGCAGCACGAGGACUACGUGCGCCGCGAGUACUACAACGACAUCGCGCUGUUGCGUCUCACCGAGUCCGUCCCGCUGGCGCUCAUCAAGCCUGUCUGCCUGCCUGGCCCGGACCUCGCCCACUCGGACCUGGUCGGCAAGGAGGCCACAGUCCUCGGAUGGGGAGACACCAUGUUCGGUGGUCCUCGCAGUGACAUCCUGCAGGAGGUGAACGGCCUGCCCGUAGUUCCCGUGAAGCAGUGCAAUGAGUCCUACUCAAAGCUCCGGGGCAACCCGUUCCGCCGAGGCAUCACCUCCGAGUUCAUCUGCGCCGGACUCCCUCAGGGUGGCAAGGACGCCUGCCAGGGUGACUCCGGCGGACCGCUCAUGCUGGACCACGAGGGACGCUGGACGGCAGUGGGAAUCGUGUCUUUCGGCUAUCGCUGCGGGGUGGCUGGCUACCCCGGCGUGUACACACGUGUCUCGAGGCACCUGCAAUGGAUAGACAACAACAUAUACAUGGACUCAAUUGGCUACAACACCAUUGUGUGAGCCGUGAGAGCCGACGCGACCAUCGCAGUGUACUGAGAGAGAGAGAGAGAGAGAGCGAGUGCCUGGACGCGUUAUCGACGCGGACUAUUCUCGGUGCCUCCAAGCCGGCUGCUCCAAGACGACCGUGUAAGAGGGGACGAUCGCAUUGAGGGAAGUCAAAUCCAUCGACUGACGCGAUUCUAUGCUCCGGAGCGUGAGAUCCGACGACAUUUAUUGACGCGAGCGAGAGAUAGUGUCGUUCAACCUACAGCUGUGCUAAUGCCUUCCAUACUUGCACAGACAAAGCAGAGCUUAGCCGAGGAGUCUCGCUAUGUAUGGCCUCGCAAGAAACGUCUGUGAGCAGGUGCUAAAGCUACUGCUAGUGUUUAUGCACCUGGAAGACGGAAUGUCAUCACCGAAGCAGGUGUCAUCCAAUGAAUUUUUUGCUGCUUUGGACACAAAAUAAUGCUCGCUAGGCGCUCCACUUCUUGACAUCGUGCGCUGGUGAUUUCUUUUCAAUCACUGCCUCUGUUUUAUGUAUGCUUGGUUGUGUGCAUGACCCGGCGGCAUACACGUCAUUUGAAAUGUUCGGGCACCACCACCGGACACUGCCGUCCAGAACAAGCGUAUGGCUGUGCCAUCUUUGUGCGAACGAGUGCGUGAGCGUGUGUGCUCUUAGAUGAGUGAAAGCGUGAACAAAGACUGGAAUAACUGCCAGAAACUACAACUUUCGGUAUUUUUUUAGGUUUUUUUUCUUGAAUGUAGUGCAUUGUGCCCAAGGGAUUUACGUAUGUAAAAGUGAUAAAUGGCGAUAACCGCGGUGCUGGACCUCACGGUAUAUCGCGAAGUGCCUUUUUUUAAUACUCGGUGUUUGUUUGCACUGUAACCUGAAGGAAAUAAAAUUGGUAAACAUAGACAC